AUUUAUUCAUUAUAAACUAUUGUUAAAAUUAUCGUUGAAAGUUGAACAUUUUCAUGUUUUAAGGUUUAUUUUUAAAAAUAACUAAAUAUAAUCAUGCCAAUCGAUGUCCAAGGCACAUUCGUGUCUCAGAAAAUCAACAAAGUUAGAUGGAUACCUGAAGACUAUGUGGAGACAAAGUGUUUUUUCGCCGGUAGUUGGGAUGACGAUGAAAAUUCAAUAAAAGUUUGGGGUUUUGAGAGUCCCCACGAAGAUGAAGAAGUGGAAUAUCCUCGACAAUUAUCUGAAUAUCCUGUAGAUGGUGACGUCACGCAGAUAAAGUUUACGGAAAAGAAUAAAAUAGCGGUGUCAAUAUCUAACGGCGAUGUGAAAGUACUCGAAGUUAGUGCGUACGACAAACAUACGCCUCUCAGAGAGGUAUACCACUGGAAGAAACUACAUAACUAUGGGGAAAAUGAAUGCUCAUGUACAUCCCUGGAUACGUUAGAAGGUGACAUAGUUAGUAUCGGAGAGGAUGGUAACAUCCACAUACUGAAUGGCAGGAGAGGGGAUGUGGCUCGCUCCAUCACAGGAGCGGAUAGCUGCUCCUUGCACUCUGUUUGUUUCAUAAAGCACAAUGAAAUCAUCACAGGUAACCUUCGAGGUCACAUGAAAAUAUGGGACCUCAGAUCUCCAGACAACAAGCCCACAGCAUCAUUCCUCCUUGCUGGUGAUGAGUUGGCAUCCACUUGCAUUAUCAACCACCCAACGCAACCACACAUAAUCCUCGCAGGAAGUGAAUCAGGAUCUCUCGCAGUAUGGGACUUAAGAGUCAACACAUUCCCCACUUCUCUGUUAAACGCUCACUCUGCAGGGGUAACAGAAAUGCAGUUCCAUCCAGAAAACCCAAACAAGCUCCUCACAUCAUCAGUUUCUGGUGAGUUAUGGGAUUGGAAUAUGGAAGCAAUGACCAAGAGCUCCAAAGGUCCCGAUGGACAGCUGGCAUGGUUAUCCUUGGAUGAUAAGAAUACAAUGAUGGUGAAUUCCUUGAUGCCUAAACUACAUAAAGCUAUAAACACAAUACACUGUGAUAAAGGCAGGAUCUUGUGCGGAGCUGAUAAUGAAGCAAUUUAUUUAAUUAAGAACUUAAAAUAUUAGUGUAUUGAGUAAGAAUAAGUGUAUGAGUGUUGAAUUUCAUGAAUUGUAAAGUGGAUGUUUUAUAAAACAAAGCACAAUAAAAACAUGUUUUUUUGUUUUA